GGUACAUCCGGGCUCUUUGUGUUGGUGUCACAAGCCUGUGAAGAUGGCGGCGGUAGGGAGGAGCACACUGAUAGCUGCUAGCAUACAUGUAAAUAACAGCAGCACCGCAGACAACCAGAACCAGAACCAGGAGGAGGAGGACGGGCAGAACUUAUGGUCGUCCAUACUGAGCGAAGUGUCAACGCGGUCCCGGUCCAAACUGCCGUCCGGGAAAAAUGUGCUGGUUAUGGGUGAGGUGGCAUCUGGAAAGACCACGCUGGUGGCCAAGCUGCAAGGUGUGGAGGAAUACAUGAAAGGGCGUGGCUUGGAAUAUCUCUAUUUCAGCGUUCAUGACGAGGAUGUAGACGACCACACACGGUGUAACGCCUGGGUGCUGGAUGGAGAUCUGUAUCAUAAAGGCCUGCAGAAGUUCGCCAUGUGUGUGGAGAACCUGGCGGACUCUCUGGCCGUGUUGGUGGUGGACCUGUCCCGGCCCUGGCUCGCCCUUGACUCGCUCCACAAAUGGACCAGCGUGCUGAGGGACUACCUGGACAAACUGCGGGUUCCUCCCGAGACCAUGAGAGAGCUUGAGCACAGAUUGGUGAAGCAGUUCCAGGAGUACGUGGAACCAGGAAGCAGUGUGGACGCAGUGCCCCAGAGGAGAAACGCAGAAUCGGAGGAGGAGUGUGUGGUGCUUCCUCUGGGUGACAACACACUCACACACAACCUGGGCAUCCCUCUAGUGGUGCUGUGUACCAAGUGUGAUGCUAUCAGCACUUUGGAGAAGGAGCACGAUUACAGAGACGAGCACUUAGACUUCAUCCAGUUGCACAUCCGACGCUUCUGUCUGCAGUACGGCGCAGCGCUGCUCUACACAUCCAUGAAGGAGAACAAAAAUCUAGACUUGACUUACAAAUACCUCAUCCACAGGUUAUACGGCUUCCCGUUCCACUUCCCCGCCCAGGUGGUAGAGAAGGAUUCGGUGUUUAUUCCAUCAGGAUGGGACAACGAGAAGAAGAUCGCCAUCCUACAUGAAAACCUCCAGAGCAUCAAAGCAGACGACAGCUUUGAAGAUGUAAUAGUGAAGCCCCCGGUUCGGAAGUUCGUACACGAGAAGGAAAUCCAAGCAGAAGAUGACCAGGUGUUUCUCGUGAAGCUGCAGAGUCUGUUAGCCAAACAGCCUGCAGCGACUGCCGGGAGGCCCGUGGACACCUCGAACAGAGCUCCCACCGGCUCCCCGAGGACGACCAAUCGCUCCGCAGCCGCUAACGUGGCUAACGUCAUGCCCAUGCAAUCAGGUACCAAGAAGAUUGAUCCCAACAUGAAAGGAGGUCAGACCAGCGAGGGCGUGCUGGCUAACUUCUUCAACAGCCUCCUGACUAAGAAAGCAGGUUCUCCUGGGCCGGGCCAGCCCUCGGGAGGUGGCAGCAACACUCCUGGAACAGUGCGCAAGUCUGAUUUCUGACAUCAGCAACGGAUCUAAGUUGGGUUUGACCGAUGUCCAGGCGGAGCUCGACCGCAUUUCCAGUAAGUCGGACCUGGAUCACUCUGCCCCCAACGCGACCACGCCCCCUGCUGAAAACGACGAGUCCUGAAAAAGAAGCAGGAUGACUCAGUCACGCCCCCCCCGGCCCGCCCCGCCCCCUUUCUCCUUCAUCCUUUCUGACCUCCGCUCUGUCCGUCUCUCCUCCGCUCCCCGAAAGAAGAAUUGACCCACGUUUCCAGCGAGACCAGUGACUCAGAGCUGCAUGUAGAGCCAACUGCCACACCAUUUCUGUUCACACACACACACACACACACACACACACACACACACAGUCCCACUCCCACCCCCACUCCCAGUGUAUCUGUAUGUAUAAUGAAUAGAGAGGUCAUGAAGAGGGUGAAAAGGAACAGUAAUGGAGGGGUUGCAGAACGUACAGUGCGUGUGUGUGUGUGUGUGUGUGUGUGUGUGUGUGUGUGGGUUAUGAACGUGAGGUAGGUUUUCUCGUCACUGUCGUCAUUCUGAUUUGACUCGUCCGGGAUGUCCGGAACAUUCUGUUCUUUUCACGUGAACACUACACACACGUGCAGACACUAAAACCCGUGUUUGUGUUUCGUUUAUUAAAGCUCAUGGAGCGUUUUCAGUUUACUGCAAAACCACCAAGGCGUUUAGAGUGCAGUGAGGAUCGUGGCACUAUGGUUCUUUACAACAAGGCGAUUUUCACACACACGCGCGCCUUUUCGUCUCUGAUCAGCGUGUGUUUUCUUCUCCGUAUAAUGAACGGAGGCACUACAACCCAUGUGAGCAUGCAGCAGUGUUCUUCUCUGUACACUAGUCCUGGAGCUUACUUCUGUCUAACUGUGUGUGUGUGUGUGUGUGUGUGUGUGUGUGUGUGUGUGUGUGUGUGCGUGUGUGCGUGUGUGGAAAGCGGUGGUAUGUAGUGUAGAUGUAGAACAGGAGGGGGGUAGGUAGGUGGUAGUCUGUGUAGUCAGUAAACAGCGAGAGAAAGUUAACUCCCAGGGAAUGAGGAAGAGUAGGAAGGGCAUGCGAGAUCAGAAGUCACUCUACCCUGUUCGAAUUGUACAGUCAUUCAUGUCCAACAUCUGGGUGGGUGGUGGAGUUAAAAAAAAUAAAUAAAAUAAAAAAAACAAAACAAAAACAAGGCCCUGCAAUUUCACAAGAUGUAGUUGCAUUUCUCUGGAUCAGGUCUGUAAGCAUUCUAUUAAAGUUGUAUUUAUUGGGAA